AUGAGGAUGGCAUUGUUGCUGAGGAGAAACCUGAGCAGAAGACUCGGGUUCUUCCUACUGCUGCUGGCUCUCCUGCCCCAAGCCACCAGCCAGAGGAAAAAGGCUUCACGCAAGAACUACAGACUGCGGGACGAUGGAGGGAAUGGUCUUACUUAUGAGAAGUACCCACAUGGCGCAGGGCUCACGUGCUCCCUGGAGGUGGUGUUCAUCCUGGACAGCUCUGAGAGUGCCAAACUGGUCCUGUUCCAGCAGCAGAAGGCGUUCGUCCUGAGCUUCAGCACCCGGCUCUCCAUGCUGCAGGUGGGCUCCGUGCCUCAGGUGGACUGGGCGCUGAGGGUGCGGAUGGCCGCGCUGCAGUUCAGCAGCUUCGUGUCGGUGGAGCACCGGUUCUCCGACUGGACGGACCUGGAUUCCUUCCACAGCAAGGUCAGCACCAUGAACUUCAUCGGCCACGGCACCUACACCACCUACGCCAUCACCAACGCCACGCAGCUGCUGGUGAAGGAGACGCCCAAGGACAGCGUCCGCAUAGCCGUGCUGAUGACCGACGGGGUGGACCACCCGCGCAACCCCGACGUACUGGCGGCCGCCGCCGAGGCCAAAGGCUACGGCAUCAAGUUCUUCACCAUCGGCCUGACGGACAUCGCCCAGCAGAGCCAGAACAUCGCCAAACUCCGAGCCAUCGCCAGCACACCCGCUCAGCAGUUUGUUCAAAGUCUCCAAGACUCUCAGCUGGAGGAGAAGCUCCUCAGAGAGAUGGGUGCAGUCGCACUUGAAUCGUGUCCACAGGCCAAGGUGUGCUUGUGUGAGAAGGGAGAGAAAGGCCUUCCUGGAAACCUUGGUAGAAAAGGAGACACAGGGGAAAGGGGGCCACCUGGUUUAAAAGGAUCCAGGGGUGAGUCGGGUUUGGACGGCCGACCUGGAAAUGAUGGUCCACAGGGUCGUCCGGGUUAUAAAGGCAACAAGGGGGAGAGAGGAGAGUGUGGCCCUCCUGGAGAAAAGGGUGGCACUGGACCAGAGGGACCUCCGGGUGCACAGGGACCAAAAGGAGCACAGGGUGCUGUGGGACCAAUAGGAGACAUAGGUCCCGAGGGUCCAGCAGGACCCAAAGGAGACAGAGGGCCCAAUGGGACACCCGGACCUCCAGGAGACUUUGGGAUUGGAUUCCCUGGAGCAAAGGGUGAAAAGGGUCUCCAAGGAAGGCCAGGCCCCGCAGGCCCCGUUGGGAUUGGAGAACCAGGACUUCCAGGACCACCAGGGCCCUCUGGAGCACAGGGAAACCCUGGACCUCCGGGAGAGGGGUUCCAAGGACCAAAGGGGGAUCGAGGCUUUGACGGUCCACAGGGCAAACGUGGACUUUCUGGUGUUGGGAUCAAAGGGGACAAGGGUAAUCCUGGACCACCUGGGAUUCAAGGUCCGAAUGGCGCUCCUGGAAUAGGACUUCAAGGAGAAAAGGGAGACAGGGGCCCAAUAGGACCAACAGGACCCAGAGGAGCUGCGGGUAUAGGAGUGGUUGGACCCAAGGGGAACCAGGGCCUCCCGGGUGAGCCUGGACUGCCCGGGGAGAGAGGUGUGGGUCAGCCGGGACCCAAAGGAGACCCUGGACUUAGUGGCUUACCAGGAAUAUCAGGUCAACCCGGAGACGAUGGAAGUCCAGGACAAAAGGGAGACAUCGGAUUGCCAGGCCCCAGAGGACCUGAGGGAGCUCCUGGCAAAGGAGCGUCAGGGGAGAAGGGAGACCGAGGGGACAGAGGGAGCAGAGGUCAGCAGGGCCCAGCUGGACCUAUGGGACCAAUGGGGCCGAAGGGGGAACCGGGCAUGAUUGGGCCCCCAGGAACUACUGGACCUCCGGGCCGGGGGAUCCCUGGUGCCAAGGGAGAAAUCGGUCCACGGGGUCCUCCGGGGGCAAUGGGAGAGACGGGGAUCGGGUUAGCCGGACCCAAGGGAGAUAGAGGGCCACCCGGGCCGGUGGGGCCACCCGGGCUGAAAGGGGAAGGAUUCCCUGGACCUCCGGGGCUUCCAGGGCCUCCUGGUCUGACAGGAGAGAUGGGAGCAGAUGGCUUCGGGUUACCGGGACCAAAGGGCGACAGAGGCUUGCCUGGACCUCCAGGACCUGCUGGGUCACCAGGAAUUGGUCUGAUUGGUCCAAAGGGUUCAGUGGGUCAGAUAGGGCCACGUGGUCCUCCAGGACUCCCUGGAGAAGGCAUUCAAGGACAGAAGGGAGAUCCUGGAUUUCAGGGAAUCCCUGGGCCCAGAGGUCCUCCAGGACAAGGUUUGCAGGGGGACAAGGGGGACCGAGGAUUGAGAGGUGAAACUGGCAAAAAGGGAGACAAGGGGGAGCCCGGACAGUCGGGAGAAAACGGACCUGUGGGCAGAGUGGGAGAGAAAGGAGACCCAGGACUAACCCGGGACGAGAUCAUCCAAAUAGUUCGAGACAUAUGCCGUUGCGGGGUGAGGUGCCCUCAAACCCCCUUGGAGCUCAUCUUCGUCAUCGACAGCUCGGAGAGCGUCGGCCCCGACAACUUCAACGUCAUCAAAGACUUUGUGAACGCGCUGGUGGACCGCACCUCCAUCGGCAGGAACGCCACCCGCGUGGGCGUGGUCCUCUACAGCCACAUCGACGAGGUGGUGGUCAGCCUCAAGCAGGAGGCCACGCAGGACGAGAUCAAGUCCAAGGUGCGCUCCAUGAACUACAUGGGCGAGGGCACCCACACGGGCAGCGCCAUCCGCAAGGCCAACCAGAUGUUCAAGGGGGCGCGGGCCGGGGUGAGGAAGGUGGCCAUCAUCAUCACGGACGGCCAGGCCGACAAGAGGGACUCGGUCAGCCUGGAGAGCGCGGUGGAGGAGGCCCAGGAGGCCGACAUCGAGAUGUUUGUGAUCGGGGUGGUGAACGAGAGCGACCCCCGGUCGCUGGAGUUCAAGAAGGAGCUCAGCUUCAUCGCCACCGACCCGGACGGCGAGCACGUGUACCUGAUCGACGACUUCAAAACGUUCCAAGCUCUGGAGAAAAACCUGCUCACUUGCAUCUUUGAAGAUGGAAAGAGCCACUUGUUCGCCCCCAUCCCGAGCACCCUGCUUCUUCCAGGGAUCCCAGAGGUCUCCAGCAUAGUUCGAAAGCCGCCAUUCAGGGAAGAAACAGACACAGCCACCUUCAAUGGAGACUUCAGGAGGGUUCAGAUAGUGCCCGGCCCCUCGGCCCCUCGCUCCGACCGCGAGCCGGUGGCCCCCCAGCGGCCGCAGACCGACGGCGACAGGACCUCGGAGACCCAGAGGUUUCCCUUCUUCGACAGAGAGCCCUUCAGACCCGCGACCGACUUCCUGCCACAGCUGGACGUGAACAGCCCCCCGCAGGAGAUGACCGGAGCCAUCAGACUGGGGCUGCCCUCCAAGAAGGCGGCGCCAGCUCCGGCUCCACAGACGCCCCCCCCGCUGCACGCCGACCCCCACUCAUCAGAGGGCUGCAGGCAGAUCCUGGACCCGGGACCAUGCCGGGACUACGUGGUGAAGUGGUACUACGAUGCCACGGCUGACACCUGCGCACAGUUCUGGUUCGGAGGCUGUCUAGGAAACAGAAACCAGUUUGAGACUGAAAGAAGCUGUAGAGAAACAUGCGUGAAAGCCUAA